UGAUGCGCCGGGGGACAGAAAUAGACACCGAGAGGCUCGAGUCGAGGCUGCAGCGCCGUGUGCUUUCCAGUGGACUGCGGUGUCUUCAAACGCUUUUUUUUCCCCCACUGAUCAUUUAUUUAGCAUUUUCACAAAAUGGUCAUUAAAGUUUUCCUGGCAUCCUCCUCGGGAUCGACGGCGAUCAAAAAGAAACAGCAAGAUGUUGUCGGCUUCCUCGAGGCACUUAAAAUCGAUUACACACAGCUUGACAUUGCUUCAAAUGAGGAAAACCGGAUGUGGAUGAGGGAAAACGUCCCUGGAGAAAAGAAGCCCACCAAUGGAAUUCCUCUUCCUCCACAGAUUUUCAAUGAGGAGAUUUAUUGUGGGGACUAUGAAACAUUUUUUGAAGCCAAAGAAGACAACGCAGUCUACGAAUUUCUGGGUCUGACACCACCACCAGGAUCUAAGGAGGCACAACAAGCUGAAAAUGCACAAAAGCUUCAUAACGGAUCUGCCGCAGAGGAACAUCUUGAUGAUGACAAGACAAAAAAAGAAAACGUAGAGGCUGAGCAGAACGGCGACGCGCACACAGCAGAGCUGGAAGAAGACGAUCCAGACAAUAAGGCAGAGACAGAUGCUCAAGAAGAAGAGGAACCAGCAGAAGAAGACGAAGAGAGUAGAAAGGUAGCUGAGGAGGAAGAGCAGGAGGAGGGAGACGAGGACCGGGUCAAGGACAACCAUCUGGUCUCAGAGGCAGAAGAGGAUUUGGUGUCUGAGGAGGAAGAAGAACUCAGAGAGCUUGAGGAGGAAGAGGAACAAGCCUCAGAGGAAGACUAGUGCUCUGAAGCUGAGGAAUUUGGACCUGGAUUUUCCUACACAGCUUGAAGUGACACCCCACUUGCCCUGGAGCCAACAAAAAUCGCCCACAAGUACCUUCACCGAGCCAAAAUGAAACACGACUGCACUGGAGAAUAUGCACUCAGGACCCCAGCUUCAAGCCCCGCGAUAACUGUGCCUUUUUGAGGUUGCAAAAUGCCCUUUUUACGCUAGAGUUGCUUCAUCUUAAGUGGCGAGUUUCAAGUGAAUUCAAAGGGAUGUUUUUUUCUUACUGUACAUAUAGAAAAUAGCUUAUUCUACUACUUUUAAACUGAUAUUUUGUGACUUUGUUCUAUAGAAUCCCAAAUAGUUGUGCCAAACCGCUCAAUCGUGUCAAACUAAUACUUGCAAAUAUCUCUCCGUGUGUAUUGUAUUAUGAAGUACGCCGGUCAUAUUUUGGACACACUUUGCCACAGUGCUAAAUGCUAAAAAUAGAUGGAACUUGUAUUAAAUUAUGAUAUACAAUGUGAACACAUCGAAAACUAUGAACAAAACAAGGUAACAGAAAAAAGAGUUUAUUGAGUAUGAACACCGACCACCGCCAUGAAACUACAAAAAAAUGGAAUUCUAUCUAAAAAGCCAAUAUUAUCAAUAAUAAUUUUUUAAAAGCGAUUUUGCAUAUUGUUGAGCCUAUACAGAUCAUGGUAAUAUUAAUAAUAUGAAAUGUCUGGUAAUUACCUAAACACUUUCGGGUAUUGUUUUUUGUUUUAAUACAAUACUCUUAAUACAAUAAAUUAGUGCUGUUAAAUGAAUCGCAUCCAAAAUAAAAGUUUGUUUACAUA